UCGUACGUGCGCGCACCCUUCUAUCGCGUGGUGGUGAUCAUCCAUAUUGCUGCUAGUGGUGGAGAUUAUCUUGUAAUUUUAAAGUCUUUCGGACGCUUUUUAUAUGUUUUAAUUCAACACAAACCACUCUGCGUCUUAGACUGAAGGCUAUUUGGUCUAGGGGUGGAGUGGAGUAACGAUAGAAACGAGUUUACUCGAGGAAUACUGAACAUUUACCAUUCUUGAGUUGAAGGCGAAUUUGGGGAUAUCGUGAGGAAAAGGGGAAAUGGCCACUCAGGUGGAGACUCUCCUACCCAACAAUCCUCUUAUCAAAGAAGAGGAGCAUGGGCAUGCGAGCAAGACGAUACAACACGGAGAGGACUGUCUGGAAAAGGGGGCCAAGCAGACGGGUGUUGCCGACGACGGUAGCAAUAUGAAAGCAGACAACUCGGAACUGGGGGGGGUGGCGAUGAAGGAGCAAAACUCCAAACAGGCAAAAGAAGAGAGUAACAAUCAAGAGAAAGACAUCCUGGAUCAAGAAAAGCACACGACCGGACAAACGGAAGACUAUGUGAAAUGUAGCAAAAAGGAGUUUGCUGAAGCACCCCCGCCCAAGGUGAACCCAUGGACUCAGAAAAUGAAUGCGGUGACCGUGGUCAACGUGAAUGGACAAGCACAUCAUGAGCUGCCGCCCACAACAGGCCCGGCCAAGGUGGUGAAGGCCCCAAAUCCCCGGCCUCGGAGAGGAGGAAAGGUUGGGGAUUUUGGAGAUGCUAUGAACUGGCCAACACCAGGGGAGAUCGCAACUAAAGAGACGCAGAUUGAAGUUGUGACUGGGAUUGUGUCAUGCCCCAUGCCUGUCAGGCAGGUCAGAGAGGUGAGCUCCCCACGGAGAUCCCCAGCCCCCAAGAAGCCCGUGGUUAAGAAAGAGUGGAAAGAGAAACGUGACACCAACGAAGAAAGCAAGGAGAACCAGAAGGCCAAGUCGGACGACUCUGGAGAGGAGAAGAACGGAGACGACGACUCUCAGAAGAAUGGACAGAAGAAAAAAGGGAACAAGCACAAGUGGGUGCCGCUGAUGAUGGAGGUGAAGUCCGAGGGGCCCAGAGAGCGCUCUGCAUCCAGGAACAACACCCGCCAGAACGAGGUUCCCAGGAUGCCCCCCAACAACAGGAACGACCUCCGAGACUGGCACAGCGGGAAGUACGAGCGUGAAUGUCGUGAGGACCAUGAUGAGGUGUCCAGUGUGAAGAGUGAGGGUGCUCCCUUCCGUGCCGGGUUCCGGGGGCGUGGCCGUGGCAGGGGCAGGGGACGGGGACGAGGCAGAGGAGGCAGCAGCAGAGGUCACUAUGACUACCAUUACGGCUACAAGGCCUACGACGGGAAGGACGGCGCCUACGGCCAGAAGUUUGGCGCUCCAGUGACCUACUACUAUGACAACAUGAGCAGCAACGACCUGUACUCCGUAGACCAGGACCUGCUCAAGGACUACAUCAAGAGGCAGAUUGAGUAUUACUUCAGCCUUGACAACCUGGAGCGGGACUUCUUCCUGCGCAGGAAGAUGGAUCAGGAAGGCUUCCUGUCUCUUGGCCUGGUCGCUAGCUUCCACAGGGUGCAGGCCCUCACCACCGACGUCAACCUCAUCAUAGAGUCUUUAAAGGGUAGCAAAGAGGUGGAGAUCAUCGAAAUGAAGAUCCGCCGCAAGGUGGAACCCGAGAAGUGGCCUCUACCGGGUCUUUCCAUGGGACCGGACCACAACCAAGUCGACCUGACCCAGCUCAUCCACUGCCCGGAGUUCGUGCCCCGGCAGACGCCCGCUGAGCGGACAGAAUCUGCUCCAGGGUCUCCCAGGUCCUCCACGCCCACCAGGGGCUCAACCAGGGCCUCCAUGCAGCCCAAGGUGGAGCAGGACGUGUCCAACCUGAAGAGCAUGUCCAAGGGCCUGUCGGCGAGUCUCCCCGACCUGGACUCUGAGUCCUGGAUCGAGGUGAAAAAGAGGCCCAGGCCCUCCCCGGCCCGACCCAAGACCCCCUCGUUGCAGCAGAAGGAAGAGGCUGUCUCCCCGGUGCCCCAGCCAGGCCCCAGCCCGAUCCCCUCGGUCUCCCCGGCCCAGGCCUCGGCCACGGGAGCCAAGGAGGAGCAGGACGAGCCUGAGGAGCUGGACUUCAUGUUUGACGAGGAGAUGGAGCAGAUAGAUGGUCGCAGGAACACCUUCACCGACUGGUCCGACGACGACUCGGACUGCGAAAUCGCCGACAACGACGUUAACAAAAUUCUCAUCGUGACUCAGACGCCGCCUUACCUGCGCAAGCACCCGGGGGGCGACCGUACGGGCCACCACACGUCACGCUCUAAGCUGACCAACGAGCUGGUGAAGGUGAUCAACGACGGCCUGUACUACUACGAAGCAGAUCUGUGGGAUGACAACUACGAACCCGAGUACGCCACCAUCAAGCAAGAGGUGGAGAACUUCAAGAAGGUUCACCUGAUCAGCCGAGAAGAGUUUGACUGCCUAACCCCAGAGCCCCCUGUCGACCCCAACCAGGAGGUACCCCCGGGACCCCCCAAGCCCCAGCAGAUUCCAGUAGACGCCUUGGCGAACAAACUGUUCGGUGCCCCCGAGCCUUCCACAAUAGCACGCUCCCUCCCGACUACUGUGCCUGACUCGCCCAACUACCGCAGUGCCCGGACACCCCGCACGCCACGCACCCCGCACCGGAAGGACCCCCCCAUGACGCCACGCUUCUACCCCGUGGUGAAGGAGAGCCGGCCUGUCGACGCCAUGACCCCCAGGAAAAGGAAGACCAGACACAGCUCUAACCCCCCAAUGGAGUGCCACGUUGGCUGGGUGAUGGACUCACGAGAACACCGGUCCCGCACUGCCUCCGUCAGCUCCAACGCCAGCCCCUCAGAGGGUACCCCUGCAUUGGGCGGAAUUGGCUGUACCCCCCAGUCGCUCCCCAAGUUCCAGCACCCCUCCCACGAACUGCUCAAGGAGAACGGCUUCACUCAACAUGUUUACCACAAGUACCGUCGGCGCUGCCUAAACGAGCGCAAGCGGUUGGGCAUCGGCCAAUCCCAGGAGAUGAACACGCUGUUCCGUUUCUGGUCGUUCUUCCUAAGGGAUCACUUCAACAGGAAGAUGUAUGAGGAGUUCAGGCAGCUGGUGGUGGAGGACGGCAAGGAGGGAUACAGGUACGGUCUGGAGUGUCUGUUCAGGUACUAUAGCUACGGACUAGAGAGGAAAUUCAGACCAGACAUCUUCAAAGACUUCCAGGAGGAGACCAUGAAAGACUACGAAGCUGGCCAGCUGUAUGGACUAGAAAAGUUUUGGGCGUUUCUUAAAUACUCCAAAAACAAGAACAUGGAGAUCGACCCCAAGCUGCAGGAGUGCCUGAGCAAGUUCAAGCGUCUUGAAGAUUUCAGAAUCGAUCCCCCGAUGGAGGAGGGGGGUCGCAAGAGACACUCAUCCAGUGGAGACGGUCGUCGCCGCCACCCCUCCCAGGGUUCCAGCCGCCCCCACAGCCAAACUGGCUUUGGCCCGGCCCCGAUCGCCCUGAUCGCCCAGGCCCCCGCCAAGGAUGAUGCCAAAAACAGCAGCCAGAGCCAGCGACCCUCGGCCCAGGCCUCGGCUACCACCGCAUCAGACACCAAGCCACCAAAGUAAACCCCGGACAACCCGCGGAUCAACUCAACGUCAUCAAAUCCUUUUCUGCAACACAAGGGGGUCCAAUGGUUCACGCAAAGCAUGAGAGAAUGACUCUGAUGAAUGUCUCGUGAUUGAAAUAAAUCAAGGCUCUUCCAUUUUUAAUUUCUUUUGUUUGAAACAGAGUUUUGUCUUGUUGGAGACAAGACAAGACUAUUGAAGGAAUGGAUGAAGUGUUCCAUUGUAUUUUUUUUUAAAGUUUUUUUUUGCAAACCUUAGCAGCAUAUAUUCUCCUGGUGGUUACAAUGUGGGAAUGAAGGUUUUUUUUGAGCACGUUUGAUGGCAACUGCAAACCUUGUGGCCCCCUUUCUAUCGUUGGACCUCCUUUCCAUUUGACACUCAUCUGUUGGCUGACAGAUGAGUGAUUCUUCAAGAUCUGAUCUUUUUUUUUCUUCUUUCUAUGGGGUGAGUGGUGGAUUGGAAACUGAUACUUUUGAGAGAAAAAAAUUAAGGAAAACAAUAUUUGACUUGUUUUGGGCUGGAGGGAAGAUCAAAAUCAAGAAGAAACCAAAUGAUUAAAAUAAAAGACUUGUACCAGUCCCUCAGUAUGAGCAA